AUGUCUUGGAAAUCUCCUCUUGAAGGAUACGAGGGCGCGGAACCUCUCCCCACCACAAUAAACCCGGAUGGAAAGUCGUUGUAUAACCCGCCGGGGCCUCUUUCGCAGGCGUAUGAUGAGUUCCCAAAGCCUAUCGAUUCAUCCAAUAAUGGGUUCGACUUCCACAUAUAUUACUUUCAGUCCAGUCCUUCUGAGACGCAAUAUGCCAAAGAACUUCACGAGCGCAUUCGGAGGGAGUUUCCCGAGCUGCGCAUCUACAGGUUUUGGGAUAAGCCAGUUGGACCUCACCCAGUUGCCAUGUUCGAGGUGAACGUUUUCAACCCUCACCAAACCGGUACCUUCUUCUCCUGGCUCGCAGUCAAUCGAGGACCCUGCUCUGUUCUCAUACAUCCGAACACGGGAGACUCGCUGAAGGAUCACACUGAAUUAGCGACAUGGAUGGGCAGGCCUUGGCCGUUGCAGACUGAAGGUCUGAAACGUCGGCAGGCUCCUGUUUGA